AUGCAGCCUCAUAUGCUUCCAUUUAGGUUUUUAGUAUUAAGCGAAAGUACCAAUAGGCCGCGUGGGGGAAGAAGCACUACGUUCAGGAAUCAACAACACGAGAAAACUUUGAAAAAAAAUCCUUCCUUUCUGAUCGGGAUUGGGACUAACUAGAAUGGUUGGGACAAUAAACAUCCAUCUCGUUCGUAUUUUGGAUACCCAUAGAACCAUCGAAGACUGUUGAAGUGA